UCUAAAGGGAUGCUAGCUUUUGCCCACGACCACGAGGGACUCACUUUCAAAGAACUCUCUCCCUCUCUUCUUCCCUCCCUCUCUCAACUUGCAACCUUCUUCAUAAAUCGAAGAGAGAGAGAGAGAGAUAGAGAGUAGUUGGGCAAGCAGGAAACCUACUUCCUUCAACCAAACAGAGGAAGACAUUAGUUGAGAGAGGGAGAGAAUACAUUUUUGCAGAGUGACAAUGUUUGCACAUGAGAAUGGGCUGCAAGGAGACCCCAGACUGAAGGCCAUAUCUGAUGCCAUCAGAGUCAUCCCUCACUUCCCCAAACAUGGUAUCAUGUUCCAGGACAUAACUACCCUGCUGCUCAAUCCCAAGGCCUUCAAAGAUGUCAUCGACAUUUUUGUCGAGCGGUAUCGACAUAUGGACAUCUCUGUCGUUGCUGGAGUCGAAGCUAGAGGUUUUAUGUUUGGCCCAUCUAUUGCUUUGGCCAUUGGUGCAAAAUUUGUUCCUCUUCGAAAAUCGGGGAAGUUGCCAGGAAAAGUUAUCUCGGAAUCAUAUGCUCUCGAGUAUGGAACUGAUUGUCUGGAGAUGCAUGUCGGUGCUAUUCAACCUGUCGAGCGUGCCAUAGUUAUCGAUGAUAUUGUAGCCACUGGCGGGACCCUUUCUGCCGGGAUAAGACUCCUAGAACGGGUUCAAGCUGAAGUGGUCGAAUGUGCAUGUGUUGUCGGCGUCACUGGCUUCAAGGGAGAAAGCAAGCUCAAAGGGAAGCCCUUGUUCAUCCUCGUGGAGCCUCGUGAAGUUUGAUUCUACCGCGAGGCAUUUCAUCAAUGCCAAUGGCAAAUGGACUUGGAUUUCGCAGGAAAGAGCUGACCAUUCUCGCCAAGGCCCCAAUUCAAAUUUGAAAUAAAGUCGGUCUGCUCCGUGUUGUUGGAGUUCUUGCCGUUAUAACCUACUGUAGAAUUGAAGCCAAGUCGAUCUCACCUCUAUAAGCGGAGCAGAGGGACCGAUGAUCAUCAGGAGAUUCGGCCAAGACUCUGAACACGCAAUGUCAAUAAGCUUACUUAUGUAUAUGGUAGAUGAGAUCGAUUUCUUUUAGCAUCUAGUUUCAUUGUCCGUCCAAAAGUUCGAUAUUGUUCCAUGUACAACCAGUGAUCUGAUCAUAGCUAUUUCUCCAUACAGAUAUGUUCAGCUCAGCCUACUACCUAUCUA